CUCACUUUUCUCAUAACAAUCAAAAAAUCAAUUCUCAAAAUCACUCCCAAACAGGCUCCUUGAACUCCAAACUCAGCUUAUAAGCUGUUCCUUCUUGCUGAAGAUCACAAGAUCCCAUCAACAUCCUUUCAUUUCUAUCAACCCCAUGCAUGAAACUAAUGAAUUUUCAGUGCCUUUGCCUCUUCAAAAGGAAAUUGAACUACCCCAUCUAGUUUUCUCUUUUAUAUAAUUACAGUUAUUUGCAAAUUCUUGUGAAUUAGGGUUAGUCAUCCAAGGAUGUCACAGGAUAAUAAUACCCUUAAGGCCAAGUCGGUCGGAAAAGAUGAAAUCAGCGGAUUGAAAGGCCGGAAAACCUCCGCAGUAAAGCAGCAAGAACCGGCUCUUAAGUGCCCCAGAUGUGAUUCACCAAACACAAAGUUUUGCUACUACAACAAUUACAGUCAGACACAGCCAAGGCAUUUCUGCAAAACUUGUAGAAGGUACUGGACUCGGGGAGGAGCUUUGCGCAACGUGCCCAUAGGCGGUGGCUGCCGGAAAAGCAAGAAAAUGAAGGCUUUCAAUUCUAGACUUUCCGGGGAUUCGAAGGACUCCAUUGGAUCAUCUGGUAUUGGUGGACUGGAAUUCAUUCAAGGUAUCUCACCAGCCAUGGAUUUCCCGCUUGGAGGGUUAAAUUUCCCUAGGCUGAACUAUCCAAAUACUGGUCUUUUUAACCAGUUUUCAUCUUUUGGGAAUAUGUCAAAUAAUUAUACUUCUGCAAUUGCAUCAAACUCUUGUUUCAGUCUUGAUCCUUCAGGAAGUUCUCCAAGGUUGGGGUUCAACUUUCCUUUAUCUUCUUCACUCAAACAUGGAGAAACCGGUACUCUAAGGCUUCAAGAAAUGGGCGGCGGUUCUUUGAAUGUUCACAGCAGUCUUGAAACUUCUAUAGAGUCCUUGAGUUCUAUCAACCAAGAUUUGCACUGGAAAUUGCAGCAACAAAGAUUGGCUAUGCAUUUUGUGGAAGAGAUUCGGAAGGAAAACUGUGCCUCAUCUGUAAAUCUUGAACCUCCGAUUCAGAAACCUGAAGCCCUUUUGUUUCAGAACCUGGAAAUCGCAAAAAAAGAAGCUAGUGGAUUUGGCAGUUCAAGAAAAGAGGAAUCAAGUGUAAAUUUAUCAACUGAGUGGUUUUUUGAUAAUUCUUAUGCACCAGUUACUCCAAUCCCACCCAACGGUAAUGCCAAUGCAAAUGAAAACAGCAGCAACUGGAAUGAAAUUCAAGCAUCAUGGAGCAAUUUGAAUCAGUACAGUUCACUUCCAUGGAAGUGAAAAUCUACCUAGAAUUAAUCUAUAUCUGUAUAGGUUAUAGGCAUCUCAUGGUUUCCAUUUUGUAACUCUACAGUUUCAGUCAAGAUGUUAUCUUUUGUAUAAGUCUGUUCUUCUGUCUUUUGUGGCGCAAAUUAAGGAGGAUAUUAGAGAGGGAAAAUAGUAAUUUUUCAAGAUGAAUUUCUUAAGUAUUGAACUUGAAUUCAGUACAAGUAUCUAAUCAAUAUUUUUUAAUCACGGAGUUCAACUAUUGAAGUAUAAA